CUAUUCCACUCGGCACCAACGUCACAGGCCAACGCCAACCUCUGUUAGUACAAGGGAACAAGCAGCACUCUUGCAUUGCGGAGCGGAAUUCGAACAGUGCAAUAACAAGCGCGACGAAGGCGCUGACACGGAUAGUACAGGCCGGGUGCAGACGCUGAGCGUGAACCUAUCCAGCGAUAGGUCCGCGCCUCGAACCAGAAACGUCCAAGGCAGAGUCGGUGGGCUGAAACCGGAGCGAGACAAACUCAGAACGCGGGGGACGGAAACGCUGACGCCACACACAACGUCGCGUCAGCCGACUCCACCAAUCUCCCACGCUAAACGGGCACGGCCCGUGCCAUGCAGCGGGAAACCCCCCAAAAUUCCCUUUCGGCCCCCACGCCUCGCCGGCGCUAAACCAGCAGCAACCCCGCCUACUCUUUAGCCCCCCUCCCUCUGUCUGAUGGGCCAAAGUCACGCAUGUUGGCUCCAAGCCAUGGUUCCUCUCAGACCACCCACUCUGCUGCAUACACGUUUUUUGGCGUGCUGGUUCUACAUGCCUAGUCCCAGUGGUUUUAGAUGAACCUAGCGUAUGUUUACUUGCAAGGCAUACAGUGCACGUUGACACCACCCCUGCGUCCAAUACGUACAUGACACAUCCCGUCCAACUGGAUGUUGCACCAACAUGUGUCUCUUGUUGGCCACUUCCAGCCAUGUAUAUGCAUGGCUGAAUAAGGAUAAUCCUGAAUGCAACAUGUUUUGGGUUUCUUUAGUCGGCAUCCAGGCCGCAACAAGCCAAGCAGGAGCACCUUAUCAUAGCUCCGAGGUAGUGCUUGUUGCGACACGACGAUGCUUUGGGUGUACACUUUCGAGGCGCUAACUCACGUCAAGAUUCUUCGUCUCUUUGUAUUUCCGCGCGAGUCGCGUGUUCACCAGGAGGGGCCAGCGGACGAUGUGGAGUGGCAGAAAUUAAUAUCGUCCGGCGUGACGGCACGGCUGGACCUGGAACGACCUGUAGAAUCCAAAGAUCGAAUUGACUUCAAAGAUCCCGUUGACUCAGAAGAUCUGUUAGGCUCGGAAUACCGCUUAGAUUCGCGACUCGCCGGCUCGAAACGCCUCUCUGCCUCUCGGAUCAUCAUCUCUUUGGGACCCCCUGCUCCGGAGUCACCUCACGAACAGGCUCGGCUUGCCGAACCGGCUGCACUCGGCCAGCAGGUUCGGCAGGAUGGUUCGACAGGUUUUGUUUCUGUUGAGGAAUCCGAAAGGGUUGGAAGGCCGCUGCUGUCGAUCGAGAUUCCCUUUGCUCUGCCAUCCACUCCGAGCGGAGUUCCCAAGAGUUUUGAAACAAUCACAGAUGGUGACUCUAGCGAGUGUGACAGCAGCGAGGGGGCAGGGAAGUUCGUUACUGUGCCUGUGAGCGUGCGAGCAGGGCACCUCGAAAUUACCGUUCCGCUUGCGCAGCUGCUCGGAUCGGAUUCAGAUGGAUUCUGGGAGACGCUGGGGAGAUCGGAGGGAGGUCGGGAGGGGGCGGCGAUGAAUGGCGGUGGAUCGGUGGAAGGGAACCGGAAGCAGGAGUUGAGGAAGGAGGAGGAGAUGACUGAAUCCUGCGCUGGUCACGUGCCCUCUCUCCUCUCCUGCCUCUCUGCCAUGGCCCCCGUUCACCUGCACUGCCGCCAUUGCCGCCACCAACUGACCGCCAACCCACUUAGGUCUUUCGCUCCCAUGCCAUCUUCUGACGCCGACGAGAUGGCAGAGCAGUGGUUCUGCGGUGCAGAAUGCUGCGAAGCCACUGCUGCCCACGCGCUGCACGUCGUCAACAGCCUGCACCAGCGCUCCACACUCACCCCCUCCUCCUGCCUCCUCUCUCAUACCUCCUUCGCCCUCCUCUCCUCACACCCCAAGUCAAUGCAGUCAACACAAAAUGCCUCCCUCGCCCUCCUCUCCGCACUCCCCAAGUCAAUUGAGUCAACUGCAAACACCACCAUUGCUCCUCCCUUCAGGAGGCCUGGAAAUCUUGAUUUCAGUCAAAAGGCUUCUCUCCAAAACCCGGCGACUAACAAGUCGCAUGAUACGAGUGCUGCUGCUGGCAUAGCCUCUCAUAUGCAAAACCUCUCUCUCAGUAACAACGACUCUGCCUUUUCCAACAGCCACCAGAGCACCAACGGCAGCAGCAACGGCAGUUACUCCAGUAGUGCCCAACUACCUCUGUGCCCACCGAGUAUGGGUGAGGCCAAUCGACAAGGCAGUGAUGAAGUGGGUCAACCGAGCCAAUGCAGUCAACAGGGAAGAAAUGCAGGGGGGAUGCAGGCGGAGGAGUGUCAGCAGCUUGCAGAAGCGCGGCGAGUACCACCUGAGGUGCGGCAGCCAGCAGAGGAGCAUCAGCAGGCAGAGGAGCACCUGCUGGUGUCUAACCUGGUACCAGAAGGAGGUCCGUGGGAGGAGGUCUCAUGUGGGGGGUGUGGCAGGGCGGUUGGGGCGAGAGGGAGGUCCAGGAGCAGCACUCCGAGAACAGACUCGUGGAGAAGUGGGAAGGUGGGGAGAAGUGCAGGGGUGGAGGGAGGAGGGGCGAGCGAAUCAUUGGGAGAAGGGAGAGAGGGAGUGGAAGGGAGGGUGGAGCACCUUUUCUUGCACAUGGUGGAUCCAAGGCCUGUUCACAUGGUUAGUCCCAUGGAUGUAACGUGCGGAUCAUCUGGACGCAUGAUGACGCCACCAGCAGACGCCCUGACGUCAUCAGUCGACGACGGUGACGGGAGGGUUGUGGCAGCAGUCAGUGCGGCUUCAGCGGCAGAGGCAGAGGGGAUAAGGGAAGGAGAAGCCGCAGAAGCCGCGCCAGAGGCAGACGGUGCGCCAGCAGAAUUGACAGACGAAUUGCUUGGCAAGGUCACAUGCGUCGACUUAAAAUGGCCAUUUCCUACGCUUGCGACCUGCUUCUCCUCCCUGCUCUCUGUCCAUCUCUCCACCCCAUCCGCCCCAAGCCGUUUGGUCCUCCGCUCCGUCGCCUCCCACCAGCCCCUCCUGCUGCUCGUGCUGCUCAGCGCCCACACCGCCAUGGGGUGGGGCGAGUGUGGGGAGGCGGGGAAGGGGGAGGAGAGGGAAGAGGGGGACGGAGGUGUGUUGGAGUAUGGGGGAAGCAAGGAGGGGGAGGAGGGGGAGGAGGGAGAAUCCAAGCCUGUAUCCACUGAGGCUGGAAAGACUUAUGAAAAGAGGACGGACAACAGCGAUGGAAAGAGGAGAAGCAUCGGCACAGUCACUGCGGCUCAAGUGCAGAUACCACACAAUCAAGUUGGCUCGUUGACACAAACCAGGAGGGGCUGUAGCGGUGGUGGCUUGAGGCGAGUUGUGAAGCUCAUGUGGAAGGCUGUUGCCGCUAAUAAUGACUCCAGACGGGAGGCAGACACGUGGGCUGCCAAGGGUCAUGCGGAGGACGUGUACGCGAUGCCUGUCACGGCAACGGAGCUGCAGACCUGCUUGCGCGAUAAUUCUUUGCUCCUGCCGCCCACGUGCCGGGAAUUCAACAGCUUCAUCAUCUCGUUUUUGGAGGUUUAGCCAGGAAGGAGUGGAAUAUGGCACAUGAAUCAUGAUGCUUGCACAGUUAGUCUUUUAGGUUUUACCUUCAAUCUAUGCAAUCCAGUCAGAUGCAUGUGGAAGACCUUGUUUCUAUGCUUGUAACAGGUUGAAGUGUAACGAAUGUAGAAUGUGCAGUGCAAUUGUCGUAGGUCGUCGUAGUUGCAGCUGUCAAUA